UCACGCAGAAAGCUCAAAAACAGGAGGCACCGUGCUGUGAGCCGCCACUGCGAGACUGGGCAGGGGCGAGUCCGGGACCAGGGAGAAUGGGGCGCACGGAGAAGGCUGCGGAGGGGGAUGCCGUUGGCUUAGGGUCGGUGUUCCUCACGGUGCUGCUGACACUGGCGUUCUCCGUACCAACCACCACGCUGCUGGUUGUGUACUUCAAGUGUGGCAAUCAGCUGGCACUGAACCACCAGGGAACUGAUAACUUCUCCACGUGGGCCGAGCCAUCAGGGAGAGUCAGCACUGAAGGGAAGGUACCGAGUAUCAUCGACACCGGCAAGCCAGCUGCACAUCUUAUUGGGAUAUACCAGGACCUGGCAGAGGGUGAGGUGCACCGCACCCUGAUGUGGGAGCCAGUGAGGGGGUUGGCCUUCACCAACAACCUGGUGAGGUACCAGGGCCACUCGCUGAUCGUGCCCAAGCGGGGCCUCUACUACGUCUACUGUCAGGUGGGCUUCCGGGGCAGCGGGUGCCAGGAGAAGCCGCUCACCCUCUCCCACCAGGUGUACCGGCGACAUGACUCCUAUCCCCAGCCCCUUCUGCUGCUCACUGGGACCGAGACGGUGUGUGGAAGAAGCCAGGGUCGAGGCAUCUGGUACACAACUCUCAGCCAUGGCGCAAUGGUGGAGCUGGAGCAAGACCACCACCUCUACGUUAACGUCAGUAACCCCACCUUGGUCGACUACCUGGAUGGCAAGACCUUCUUUGGAGUCAUCAAGAUCUGAUCAAGGGGUGCGGGGAAGGGUUAGGGCAGCUUACGUUUCCCCAUCUUCGCUCUCUGUUUUGCCUUUUGUUUUUAAGAUCUACAUAUAUCCUAUCUGAUUUUUCAACUAUUUGCAAUAGUCUGGCAAGAUACAGAAGCCUGGUUAUGUCAGAAGAGGGCAGGAGAGGGGUUUAGUUGAGAAAGGUCUCAGCCCAAAAUGUCAACUGUUUAUUCCCCUCCAUAGAAGCUGCCCGACCCGCUGAGUUCCUGCAGCGUUUUGUGCGUGUUGCUUAAGAUUUCCAGCAUCUGUAGAAUCUCUUGUGUUUAUUAAUUAGUCAAGUCCAGGCUACUGGAGAAUAGCAGUAGAAGCGGUCAAAGGGCAAAGGUGAAGCAAGAAGGAUUCACGAGUGCCUGGGUCACAAGUGUCGAAGGUCUGAGCAAGUCCGCAAUUCAAAAGCCUGAAGGUCAAGCACAUGAUAAACAUGAUUAACAUGUCCUGGGGUCAAGUAAUACCACACUUCUGGUGCCCACGGAGCAUGCCCACAAUUCACUAACCCUAACCAUAUGCCAUUGUAAAGUUUGAGGAAACCAGAGCACCCAGACAAAAGCCAUGUGGUCACAGGGAGAAUGUGCAAACUCCGUGCAAAUGGAGGUGGAACUUGAACUCUGACUACCGGUGCAACCAGUACAGCACUGUUCCAUCCUAUCUGAUGGACCUUGAAGUGACUAUCUGCAGGGUGUAAAAGUAUAAUGGUAUCAUUGCCAAGUGAAUGAGGUGGUCACUGGUAAUUGGUUUACAUUACUGCUUAUUGUUAUUUGUUCAUGAUGGAAGCCCUGUAGUCAUCUGGGGUGGAGAACUCCAAAGGUUGAGUAAAGACUGACCUUCAUCUCUGUCCAGAACAACCAACUGCUUACUUUGAGACUGUGGCCCCUAAUUCCAGAGAAUCAAUCGGGGAGCUGGCAAACCUUCCAAAAUUAGAUUAGAUUGAUCUAACCGGACAGGUUAAAUUCACAAAUUGCCACACCGUCCAUCAAUCCCCUGAUUUAAUCCUAGCCUACUCAUGGGACAGUAUACAAUUCUGGUAGGUUUUGGAAUCUGGGAGGAAACUGGAGCACACGGAGGGAACCCACGCGGUCACGAGGAGAACGUACAAACCCCUUACAGGUAGCGGCGGGAUUUGAACCCUUGCCAUCUGUGCUGAGCUCUACACUACCAUGCUGUCCCCUGUAUCAAAGUGCAGUGAAAAAAAGGUUGUUUUGUAUGUCAUUUCCUUUCAUUGUAUCAGUGCAUUGAGGUUGUACAAGGGAAAAGUAGAAAGAAAAUGCAGAAUGAACCGGAAUCACAAACUAGAGUCAAACAGGACACCAGCAAGUGUCCUGAUGACGAAUCUCGGUCAUAAACGUCGUCAUCUUUUCCAUAGAUGCCGCCUGGCCUGCUGAGUUCCUCCAGCAUUUUUGUUGCAGAAUAAAGUGAUACAGUCACAAAAGGCACGGUAGCAUAGCGGUUAGUGCAUCGUUUUACAGUGCUAGCGAUUGGGGGGGGGGUCAAUGCCUGCCACUGACUGUAAGGAGUUCUCCCCGUGACUGUGUGGGUUUCUUCCGGGUGCUUCAGUUUCCUCCCACAUUCCUAAAGACGUACAGGUUAGAUUGUGGCCCUGCUAUGUUGGCGCAGGAAGCGCGUCGACACUUGCGGGCUUCUCCCUAGCACAUCCUCGGACUGUGAAACAUUUGGUCUUUGUCGCAGUUUCAGUCUACAUGUCACAAAUAUAGCUAAUCUUUAAUCUUUAGAGAAAAUUCUGUUCAGACAAUGAGGUGCGAGAGCCACGACGAUGUGGAUAGACAGUGCGGUCGAGCGUUCAAUGACGACAAAUUUUUGGCUUGCUGCCCUCCUUAAAGAGUGUUGAGUUGGAGGUCUCCAAUUCGCUUAUGCAGGCUGCAUUAUGUGAGGGAAUCCCUCUGCAGGCCGCACCCGGGGAUCAAGCUGGAAUUCUGCCGUUGGUUAAUUGAGAGCUGGAAAGGAACAGCAGCCGGAGAGAUGACGGGCGGACGGGGCUACAGCGGGACUCGGACGACGAGUUACCGUGGGCAUCAAGGGCACAGGCUGGAAGCUGUGGUUCCGCCUGUCGGUCAGUCAGGGGCAGCAGCCAAUCACUCUGUCGUUGGCAUAGCAACAGAAAGUCUGGAGUUCGAGGCUCCUAACGUUGGGAAUGCAUAUUCCAAUUGGCCCAUUCGUCCCAUCAGCGAUGAGAUAAUCAUCGAGACUUUGGUCAGGCCGCAGCUGGGGCACCCUGAGCAAUUCUGUGACCCGUAUUUAAGAAAAGAUGCGCUGGCAUUGGAGAGGGUCCAGAGGAAGUUAACGGGAAUGAUUCCAAGAAUGAAAGGGUUAACGUAUGAUGAGCGUUUGAUGGCUCUGGUCCUGUAUUCGCCGGGGCUU